AUGGGUGAGCACGCCUCCCGGGUUCCCAUGACCGGCAGUCUGAAAGCCAUCCAGCUGCUGUGCACCUAUGACCGACAGCCCAGCACCCAUUGGAAGAGCUUAGGGCCUCUAAACAAUGAAGAUGACAAGUUCGUCUUCAUUGUUGAGGGCAAGGACAGUCCUGUGCUCUUAGCUGGCGGUGUGGUCUUUGGCAGUCUUGAAAACACGGACAAGGUGUCCAUUUUCAUUCUGCACAGGGUGAACAACAGCAAGAAGACCUCCAUGGUAUUGCCCAGUGGUACCAUUAAGAUUGGCAAGGAGCUCAAGAAGCACACGGUCGUAGAGCUUCCACUGCAGAGCCUACUUGGCAGAUUCAGCAAGCAGCAGGUUCGGGCGGCCAUGGAUGCCAUCGACAUGGGACCUGAGGCGAGCCAUCGCCUGGUCCAUAUUGUGCCUUACGACAACUUCAAGGAGAAGCGGCUAACGUUUGCUUCUGAUUGGGUGGCUGAGGAGUUCACCAAACGGGCUUGGAUAGAUGAGCAGGAUCAAGUGAAGUCUCUGAUGGAAUACAGCGCCGAAGCAGUAAAGGGGAUACUUUUUGAGAAGGUUAUGCAUGGUGUACUGGCGAUGGGCGGCAAGUUUGAUGUGGUGCCAUUGCACCCGGAGACUCUGGAGCGAGGCGAGGAGGAGGAGCUGGACAUCCAGGCCUGUACAGAGUCUCUUCGCUUCACAGAUGACGAGGCCAGUGAUAUGAUGAGCAGUAUUAAGAACAUGUACUUGAGGCCCGUGUCCGGCAAUUUCCCCGUCAUUGAUGCCCUUAAGGUGCCGGAGAUGCACCUUUUCCAGAUGACUAUUUCGCGUAGCAAGGUACUCAAUGCUGAUGAACUUGAAAACGUGCUCAAGCGACUGGGCAUCCCUGCACCGGGCCAGGAGGGCUGCCAGCCCAGCCUCUACUUUGUGGUGCAUCCUGGCGUGUACAACAAGUUUAAGGAGCUGCACGGAGGACAACAAGCUGCGAAUGACCUGCGGGAUCCCAUCACAUGCACAAAACGACACAACAAGCUCGACCUGGAAGCCAACAUGAAAUACACCAGCAGCCAGGGGACUUCCUAG